UGUCAUUUGAAGUGCGCAUUGAAAAAAUGGUGGAUGGUAGUAGGAAUUGACAAAUUAGAGCCGAAUAAAUAGUAAAUUUUAGAAAAAUUUAAGAAAAACGGUGUAUCACACGGUGUACGUGUAACUAAAAAGAUUGAAAAUGGGCUCGAAUAAACGACACAAGACCGAGAAGAGUCGGGACGCUAAGAAGAAGCGUCACCGUAGCCGUUCACGAAGCUACACGCCUGAGCGCGAGAAAUCGGAAAAGCACAGGCAUCACAAAAAGCAUAGAAGAAAAGAACGCAAGGAUUAUGAUAGUGAUGUUGAAAUAGUUAAUGCACCUCCACCCCCAAAAAUUUCUAAGUCUUCACAUCCGUCAACGCCUCCACCUCCUGAAAUUUCUAAGCAGCACAGCCCUUCGCCAAGCAAAGGCGGUGGAACACAAACCUCUCUAUCGAUUGAAGAAACUAACAAGUUAAGAGCAAAGUUAGGUUUAAAACCAUUAGAAGUUGAUAGUGGACCAAAAGAUGAUCCGAAUAAGAUUAAGGAUGACUUGGGAGAGUUUUAUCACAAGCCUGCUCCUGAUGUUAACGAAAAGUUAAAGACCCAAAAAUUAAAAGAAAAGAUUGGCACUCAGAAACAGAAGAGACUAAUUGAGGCUAAUUUAGCUAAAGUAAAAAGUUUAGGAGAAUGCGAAUCUGAUGAUGAUACCAGAAAUUGGAUUGAUAAGACCAGACGUUUAGAGGAAGAGAAGAAAAAAGCAGAAGAAAGGGCAAAAAUGUUAGAUCAGUUAGAUGAAGAAUUUGGAAUUGGAAAUUUGGUUAAAGAAGAAAUUCAUGCUGCACGUAAUACGGCUUAUACUGAAAAAAAUUUAAAGGGUCUCAAAGUGGAGCACAAUAUUGAGAAAUUUGAAGAAGGCAAAACACUUAUCUUAACGCUAAAAGAUCGACAAGUGCUAGAAGAAGGCGAAGAUGUGCUUGUUAACGUAAAUAUAACUGACGAGGAACGUUAUCAACGUAAUAUUUUCAAUAAAACGAAGAAGCCUGGUUACGAUGCAUACGAUGACGAUAACUUCGAUGAAUUCGGUUUCCCGAAGAAAACAAUUCUGGAAAAAUAUGACGAAGAGAUUGGAGGAACGAAAAAAGACACUUUCACACUGGGAAUUAAUAACAUCAAAGACAUGAAACAGAACAAACUUGACUACGUCAAACAACGUUUAGCCAAUAAACGAUUAGAAUCAUUACAAUUAACAGAGCCAAAACUAGCUAGUGAGUAUUAUAAUGAAGAAGAACUUGCGAAAUUUAAGAAGCCAAAGAAAAAGGUUCGAAAGAUUAGAAAGAAAUUAAAAGCAGAAGAUUUAAUUCCUGAAGACAAUGAUUAUCUUCGAGAUCUUGGAAGUAGGAGAGCCAAAAAAACCGAGGACGUAAAAGAAAACGAUGUUUUGGACGUAGAUGAUUUGGGAGCUCCCACUGAAGAUCUCAGUGGAAUAAAAUUGGAAGAAGAUGACAAAGAGUUGGAAUUACAAUUAGCAUUGAAGAAGGCUCAAAAACUAAAAGAAUCCCAAUUAUCAAAUAUCGAAAAAGUUGUUGAAACUAUAAAACAGGAGUCUAUGGGUUCUGAAGAGAGUCAAUCUGGAAAUAUUGUUCUUAACGCCACUGCAGAAUUUUGUAGAACACUAGGAGACAUUCCUACUUAUGGUCUUGCUGGAAAUAGAGAAGAAAAUGGACAGGAGUUGAUGGACUUUGAAAUGGACGGAGUCAAAGAGGAACCUCCUGCAAACGAGGAUGAAGAUGAUGGCCGUGGCGCAUGGAAUACCGUGCACCUAGAUGAAAGUACAUCAGAACCAGUAGCAAUGGAAGCCGCGAUUUUAGAUGCAGAACCUUCGCUCGGACAUGGCGUAGGUGGAGCGUUAAAACUUGCUAUGAGCAAAGGUUAUUUGCAAAAAGAAGAUAGUAGUAGACCAUCUGCGUCUCGUUUCGCACAUCUACAAGCUCAGAAUUACUCGAUAGAGGACAAGACUUAUGGAGACGAUGAUAAAUUUGGUAGAAGGGAUCGUUUCAAUGGUCCAACGUCAGAAUUCAAAGAGAAGGAUGGUUUCAAACCAAAUGUCAAGCUGGAAUACAUCGAUGACGAUGGUCAUGUUUUAAGUGCAAAGGAAGCUUUCCGAUAUCUCUCACAUAAAUUUCAUGGGAAAGGUCCAGGAAAAAAUAAGGUUGAGAAACGAAUGAAAAAAGCAGAACAAGAAGUUUUAAUGAAACGAAUGUCAUCUACAGAUACCCCUCUAGGAACACUUAAUUUAUUACAAGCAAAACAAAAAGAAACUCAGUCGCCAUAUAUAGUACUCAGUGGAAGCAAACAAAUGCAAACGACUAGCAUAUCGAAGUCAAAGCAUUAAGUUAAAGCUAAUUUCUGUAAGAACUGUAUAUAAUAUUGUGGCAGAGAAAAAUCCCUUGUCAGUACACUUUUUCAGCAGAAUAGUACAUUGGAAAGUGAAUACUUGCACAUUUUUCCUUUAAUUUGUUAAUCUACUUACACGAUAAUAAAAUAACAUUUGUGAGUUUA